AUCCGAUGUCACCGUCCUCAUCCCCAGCUCACGGCUGCCGACCUCCUCCUCCUCCACCUCACCACCGCCGGCCUCCUUGUCCUCCUCUUCCUUGCCUUCAAGUUGGCUGAGGUGGCUGCCAACAUGUUGUGGCCCUUCCCCAAAGCGCUCUGCCCCAUAGCAAACUUCUGCUUCUACUCCAGCAUCUACCUCAGCACUCUCUUUAUGGCUGCCCUCAGUGUGGAGCGCUACUUUGGGGUCGUGUUCCCACACCGCUACAACCGGCACCGGAGGUUAUGGCGGACGAUGGCCGCCAGCGCCGUCCUUUGGGUGGUGGCAUUGUCCCAUUGUUCCAUCGUCUUUGUGGCAGAACAUCACAGAGAGUUUGGGGGCAGUGGGUCUGAGGCUGAUGGGGAAGGUGGUUUUGGGCUGUAUCAGAUCAAGACCUGGGCAUCUGGAAUGGACAAUUCCACUCACGUUGACCCCAUUGGGCUGAAGAUGGACAACUCCCAUUGUUUUGGGGUCAAUGGAUUCCAGCUUGGGGGAUUUGAGUUGACCCAACUUAACGGCAUUGACACCGAUGUCCCCAACACCUCCACUGCUGACGUCACCGCUCCCAGUGGAUCGAAGAUCCCCAGUCUCAACAUCUACAGGAUUUUCUCCAGCCCCAAGACCGACCUCAACAUCUCUGCCCUCCAAUUCUCUGCCUGCACAAACGCAAACACA